UGCUGUGUGUCUCAAGGAUCGCCUUUGCAUUGACAUCGAGCAUCAGAUAUGGCAGACGUCAUGACUAUAAUCAAGACUAGCUAUGGUCAAGCAGACGAUUACGCUACGAAGCUCGAUCUCAUCAUCCUCGCCCUUCACAUCAAUUCCCUCUGGCUGGACAAUAUCGACGACAUGCUCGUCCUCCUCAACGAGCUCCUGCGAUCAAGUUCCAGGUCUCAAUUUGAGGGUGCAAUGAAUGAAUCCCAUGUCAUGAUUUUAUUCUGUGAUCUCGAGCUACAUGCGCCCGCAUCGACAUCACAUACCGAAACUAACUCCAAUUCAGCUGUCGCUGACAGCGAGGCCGAUCCCCUUCACGUUCCUGACGGCGCUCGAUCCCAGCCGAGUCCUUACACCGCUCACUCCAGCGAGCCAAUCUCCCACGCCGCUCCUACCAAGCUUGACGCUGCCCACGACGGACCAGGUCAGGAUACUCCCGCGGACAUCAUGAACGAGGUGCUGCGGAGGAUACUUUGGCUCGUGGGCGACAAGAAGUUCCCCUCCAACUAUCGCAACGCAGACGGAAGGAUGACUAGCAGCUCUCUCAAGGAGAUCCUGUCCGAAGUGAACAAACGCCUUCCAAACCCGGAGGAGGAGCCAAUCGCAUGCGCCCCUGAAACCUCGAAUGAGGAACGUGUGCCUGAGCAAACUGGUCUCGUGGGUAGCGUCGAUCAACCACUAGCUGAACCAGAGUCGUUGAACGGGGGAUGGAGUAACAUUCGUCGGAGAAUAGGUUUGCCAGACCGACGACCUGGGAGGUUUUCACGUCCUGAAGCCUUUGACGAGGAAAAUCAGUCAUCGGAGCACAGCCGUCGCUCAACUAGUGCAUCGCAAGAGACAGGACCACUGGGAGUACGGUGACACGCCAGAAUGCCUGAUGCGACAAACUGUCCAUGUCCGCAUGCAGGCAUUGUGUUUCGGCUGUGGUGGCUUAAUACAGGUGAUAUGGGAAUAACGGAGAGGUUGGCGGAGGAAGUACUUCUGUACAGGACCGAGCUUCAUAUACACCGAUUACAGGCACCAUUCAAGUUCUCCCGCUGAAGGAACAUAUAUUCUAGUAUGUGACCAUAUGUAGCGUACCGUUGGCGGUCCCCGGCUUGCACAAUGCUGUUGUAACUUACUUACUUGAAUCCACGCAUCCACAAUAUUUCC